UUAUAUGCAGGUGUAAGUAUAGGCUUAUUGGUUUUAUUUGUGGGGAUUUCGUGGAUAUGUUUAGGGAUAAAGAGAAGACAAUACACUAAACUCAAAGAAAAGUACUUCAAAGAGAAUGGUGGCUUAUUGUUACUGCAACAACUUGCUAGUCAUGCAGGCACUGUGGAUACAACAAAAAUCUUUUCCACAGAAGAACUUGAGAAGGCAACAAACAGUUACCACGAGAGUAGAAUCCUUGGAGAAGGAGGCUAUGGAACAGUUUACAAAGGAAUACUACCAGAUGACAAAGUGGUGGCCAUAAAGAAGUCAAAAGGUGGUGCCCCAACCCAAAGUGAUCAGUUUGUUAACGAGGUGAUUGUUCUUUCUCAAAUAAACCACAGAAAUGUGGUGAAGCUACUAGGUUGUUGUUUAGAGACAGAAGUGCCUUUACUAGUAUAUGAGUUCAUCACCCAUGGAACUCUUUAUGAGCAUAUUCAUUAUAAAAGAUCAUCAUUGUCAUUCGAAUUACGAAUGAAGAUAGCAGUUGAAACAGCAGAAGCACUAGCAUACUUACACUCCUCAACUUCAAAUCCAAUCAUACAUCGAGAUGUGAAAGCAGAAAAUAUACUCUUAGAUGAUGCUUAUACAGCAAAAGUGUCAGACUUUGGAGCUUCACGAUUGGUUCCAUCAGGUCAAACUGAAAUACAAACUCUAGUGCUAGGGACAUUCGGUUACCUAGACCCUGAAUAUCUGCAAUCGAACCAGGUACCUGAAUAUCUGCAAUCGAACCAACUAACAGAAAAGAGUGACGUCUACAGCUUUGGAGUUGUCCUAGUGGAGCUACUAACAAGCAAAGUGGCACUUUCUAAGGACAGAUGCUUAACAAGCAUCUUUAUUUCUUCCAUGGAUGAAGAUUGCUUGAAUCAAAUUCUUGAUGAUGACAUUGUGAACGAGGGAAACAUUGAGACAGGAAAAAAUGUAGCCAGUCCAUUUGGAUUUUCAUGUAAUCCAAAUGGACAUUAUAGACCAACGAGAAAGCAAACAAUGUACUUACAUUUAAUCAAAAAGCUUUGAAUUAAUUCUUGCCAACUGAAAAAGAAACCCAAUUGCAAACUGCAAUUUUAGUCAGGGUUGGGGAAAUUUUCUAUCCACGUAUUGAAACAGAAUCAGAUUGAGAUCGAAAACAUACUAAUAUAACAAACAGCAAAAUAGAAAGUUCAAACCUUUUUCUCUAAGGAGACGCCGAGACACGGAGAGGAGGAGAGGAAAGGACGACGGUUGUGGUCUCCCGCUUGUUUGUUAAGGAGAUUUCAGAAGCAGUCUCUGUUCGUACUGGGCUGAUUGUGAGGAAUUGGGUUUGGGCUUUCACACACGAGGAAACAGUGCUUAUGAAUUGUUAAAUGUUUGAUACAGCGAAAAAGCCCAAUCUCUAUCCAUUCCUGAUACCUCUAAUCUAUACCUGCAUGUCAUACAUAUCUGGGUUGUUAUCCAAAAAAAAAAAAAAUACAACAUGUUUUUCGCGUGGUGAUAUUUACAUGACGACCACACGAACAACUUCCGGGAAAUCGAAAUUGCAGCAUAAUUGAGCAACAGUAACUCCUGUUUCCAUUUGCACGUGUGAAAAAUGGCUGGACGGAAAUAGCGGAAAGUAAAUCCAGCGCUGUGGUUAUUGAACCGCCGACUUCCGGGAUGAAUAUGACAAAUGGAGUUGCAUGGUAAUUGCACCUACUCGAUGGAAAUAAAAGGGACAACGACCUCGAUCAACCUUCAUGGACUUGAACCAAUUACAAUCAAUUUCAGUUGCAAUCACUUCAGCACACCUGAAUUUCUACAUUCUAAACCGAGCUCCGACCCUAGCCUGCUUGAUUUGGGGUCGUAGAUCAGAUCAUGGCGUUGCGACUCUCAUUGGUAGCAGUUCUGCUCCUGUUAUUGGUGGCUAGUACUACUACAACAACAGCAGCUGCUGCUCAAGCCCUGCCUGGUUGCUCAGACAAGUGCGGCAAUCUCACAAUUCCAUACCCAUUUGGCAUGGAGGAGGGUUGUUACCUGCGAGAAGAAUUCUUUAUCAAUUGUAGCAAUACCACCCAACCACCAACAGCAUA